UAUGUCAGAUUUUGUUCCACAGUCAACAAAACCUCCGCCCACCUCACAAAAAAACCGUUUCUCUCGACUCUCUUCGUUUAUGGCAGAGUAGAUAUGCAGGCAGAUGCGGGUAAAUCUAUGCAGUGACAAAGCAGUACCCCAUCGCUCUUGGGGGAACAAAUGCCAGUGGUACUAUGGACAUGAAUACAGAACGGGACUGUUUUCCGAUCAACCUUCUCUUCCUCAACGAAGAUCCAGCUGUGGGUGAAAUCCGUCUCUCUAAACAAAACCAGAAAUAUGACCUCACUUUACAGGUGAGCGGAGAGGUUGGGGAAAUCGAAUUGACCGUUAAAGACAGUGACGGGGUGUGCGUGUCAAAGUUUUCUGUCAGUAGGGAGACGGAAUGCUGCAAGGUUGGCACCCAGUCAUUUCUCGUCACCCCGGGCUACUUCAGUAUUCUACUGCACUUCAGCACACAGAUUGAUUUCCAAGCAUUCCAGAAACUGCUGAAAAGGGGAAUCGGCCAUGAGACAAUUUCUGCUUUUGACCGGCGGACCGAUGAUUCCUCUGCCCUUCAAUAUUUCCAGUUUUAUGGCUGUUUGUCACAGCAGCAGAACAUGCUACAGGAUUACCUGAGGACUGGCACAUACCAAAAGGCCAUUCUGGUGAAUGAGGUGGACUUCAAGGGCAAGACAGUUUUAGAUGUAGGUUGUGGAUCGGGGAUCCUGUCCUUCUUCGCGGUUCAGGCAGGAGCAAAGAAGGUGUAUGCUGUAGAGGCCAGUUCUGCGGCCAAAUAUGCUCAGAUACUUGUUAAAAGCAACAACCUCUCAGACAAAAUCACAGUCGUGGCUGGUAAGAUUGAGGAAGUGUCUUUCCCAGAGGAUGUGGACGUCAUAAUUUCUGAGCCCAUCGGAUACAUGCUGCUGAACGAGCGAAUGCUCGAGAGCUACCUCCAUUCACGGAAGUGGCUGAAGCCCAACGGAAAGAUGUUUCCCACCUUCAGUGAUAUCCACUUGGCUCCAUUCACAGAUGAGCUGUUGUACAUGGAACACUAUGCCCGCUCCAGCUUCUGGCAUCAGACAUCUUUCUAUGGGAUCAACCUGAGUGGCCUCCACAGCGCUUCUUCAGAUGAGUUCUUCAAACAGCCCAUCGUGGACACUUUUGAUAUGCAGAUUCUCAUGGCAAAAUCUGUCAAAUACAGCAUCAAUUUCCUUGAGGCUAAAGAGGAGGAUCUACACAGGAUCGAGAUUCCCUUUGUCUUCCAGCUUCUCCAGUCCGGGUUGAUCCAUGGAUUGGCAAUCUGGUUCGAUGUGGCAUUUGUGGGUUCCAGGGUGACGAUAUGGCUGUCGACCUCACCGAGCGAACCCCUGACCCACUGGUAUCAGGUCCGCUGCCUGCUUCAGACCCCCCUCUUCGGCAAAACAGGUCAAACGCUGUCCGGGACGGUCCUGCUCAUGGCCAAUAGGAGGCAGAGCUACGACAUUCACAUCACGGCUGUAGUGGACCAGUCUGGAUUCAAGUCUGGCAACAGUUUGGACCUAAAAAAUCCUUUCUUCAGAUAUGCCUAGGCCUUGCUCCCGUGACUUCGCAGGAGAAACCUGGGACAGGUUGUCUCAGACCAGGAGCCAGAGAACCUGCAGUUCAGCCAAGUCAAGUAGACCUUGGUGUGACACCUUGGUCAUGUGACCUUGUUUCCAUGGGAAUCAGGGCUGCCACAUCCUUAGUGUGUCCAUAUCAUGCUGGCUCGUGCCAAGUAAACCACUCAUCACCAAACACGGAACUCCACUAUAUGUUUCAUAAGUAAUUUGGCUUUUUAUAAUCAUGCCAAUUAACCAGAAUGUUUGAACCAUACCUAAUUACAUUUUAAUUAAGAUAGCCGAUUUAUUGAACACAACUUCUGCUUUUUCCUAGAAUUAAACAUUUAUCAUUUUUAAAAGCAUUUUUAAAGGACAUUUUAUGUGCCUACCUCACAUAAAAUAUUACUGCAUAUAUAACUACAAAAAACACACAUGCACACACACAAGUCAAUUUGUUGCGAAAUGUAAAAUGUACAAUUCACAACAAAAUAACUAACAAUAAACAUCUGCAAAUGGUUGGAAACUCAAUUAAAUUAACAUCUACGGGCCCCAUGUGAUUCACCCCACAAAACUGAUGGAAACUGCGACACUAACCAAAAAAGAUAACAAAAUAAGAAAACAUGGCUGCCAGCCUGUAAUUCAGCACCAAAUAAAUACAGCAUAGCAGAAGUAAAGCCAGAAAUCCAGAAGGUCCUCAACCAGACCUGUAAGGUCAGGCUCAAAUGGAAAAGAUAGAGGAGUCAUGCAUCAUGGCAUUUUUGCUCCUUCCAAUUACCCAUACCUGUGUCUGCCAUCCUAAUCAAUGUAAUAAGGAGAAAAGCACAGCACAAGGAGCAGCCCAACCCAUAAGGUGUAACACUAUAUACUGCAGUGUACAGUGCAGUUGUUAGCUAGCAAAAAAGUUUGGCUUAGUACUGAGAGAGAGACUGACCAUAAACCUUACAGUACUAUUAGCCUGACCAGGCUGCUCAUAACCUUUCAAUACUAUGAGUCUGACCAGGCUGCUCAUAACCUUUCAAUACUAUGAGUCUGACCAGGCAGCUCAUAACCAUACACUACUGUGAGUCCUACCAGGCUGCUCAUAACCUUGCAGUACUCUGAGCCUGACCAGGCUGCUCAUAAGCUUAUAGUACUGUGAGCCUG